AUGGACACGCCAGCGAUCCCCCUCCCGCGGGACCCCCGGGAACGCGCCAUCCUCGACCGACUGUCCAUGAUCCGAGACCAGCUGCUGCUCCUCAAGCAGGACCGCACCAACUAUAUCCGAACACAAGAUGUUAUGCCGCUGUUUGAUCAAACAAUGGAGCAAGUCAAGGAGCUCAGCAUCGUCCGAGCCGAGAUCGGGGACAAGGGAGAGAACAGAUUGGACAAGGUCUUGGAGGGCUGCUUCCAAUUGCUCUCUCUGUUCUACCUUACGAUCGGCCGCAACAAUGAGGCACCCGCGACGUAUGCCCUGACCUCGACCAUCAAGCGAUUGCUCGACCACUUAGUUGAAGCCGAUCUAUACUCAUCCAAGGACCUCGGGAGCAUCAGGUCGACACUCGAGGGUCUCACCCACAGCAUUCAGCAGGCCUCAGGGGAGCAGGUCCCUGAGAAGAAGCCCCCACCCUACAUGCUCGAUCUGCUGUCGUACCGAGUCGAACUGUGCCAGACCACAUUAGCAAAGCUUCAGAAGAGACUCGAGCGAGUUCCUGAAUCACUACUGUCAACGCACCAAAAACUAGUCUCUAUCUUGCGGGCGGUGGCGCUAGCAAACACAAAGUCCAAGUUCUCAACAACCGAGGUUAAGAAGCUCAGGCAUCAGAUCGUGGAAAUUGGAGAUCGCCAUAAUGGCGGCAAGUUCACAGCGGAAGAUGGCACCGUGGUGUCCGGGGGCGAAGAGGUUCGUGAGUUGUACCAACGAUGCCUCAAAUGGUCAGAUCUUGUCCUUGAACGAAAGGGUGUAGUUGCCGACCAAUGGCGCCCGAUGUAUGAUGUGCUGGUCGGGAUCCGAAACGAUCUCGAAAAGCUUUCCCUGACUCAAGCAUGGUCUCUCCGUGAGACAGACCUCUACGACUUCCAGCGACAGCUCGACAGGAUUGACGAGAGCCGGCAAAACGGAAACUGGCUGGAUGACCGAGCUCGGCCGGCCGACUUGUGGACACAGCGAACUCUGCUGUAUCUGAUCCGACGGUCGUAUGCGUACAUUUACUCCUUCAUGCUGGCCUCUGAGCCGGUGUCGGAGGCCCUGCUUCCAAUUUACAACCAGCUUCAGACAUUGAAGCGAUGUCUUGUCGAGGUGAAGAAUAGCGGAGGCGUCUCGUCGGUUCGAGAACUUUACCCAUAUAGCAUGAAGCUCAACUCGCUUGAUAACAUGAAAGUGGACGGCAAGUUUGUUGUCAAUGGCGACAUUCCUGAGGGCCAAGGCAGCGUAACCGAGUUGCUAGCUGAGUGCUUCGAUCUAAACUAUGAACUACGUGUGGCAGCGGAGGAGGGCGACGAGGCCGGUUCUCCCGAAGCCGACGAUGAGGCUGAUGGCGAGACCAAGACUGAGAUCAAGGCUGAGUGA